AUAGGUUAUAGGUUUAUGCUAAAAACAAGAUGAUGUAUUAUAUAAUAGACUCAUGAUAUAAUAAAAGUUAUUUUAUUCUUACAUAUCAAUAAAGAUUUUUGUAUUUAUAACACUAAACAUGUUAAACAGAAGUUUAAUACCAUUAAAGAGAUGAUGGGAUACAUCGUAUAGUACCAACGGUCAUUAAGAUGAUGAAUGUUGAUUCGUAGGUGUUUAAAGGUUAUUUCGUGAGAAUGAAAUCUAACGUCCCAAAAACUUCUACGAGUGAAGCUAAACGUAUAGUUUGGAUCGAUUUAGAAAUGACCGGUCUCAAUGUUGAAAAAGACCAUAUUCUUGAGAUAGCUUGCCUUGUAACAGAUGAACACUUAAAUAUUGUCAGCACAGGACCUAAUAUAAUCAUACAUCAGGAUGAUGAAGUAUUGAAUAAUAUGAAUCAGUGGUGUGUUACUCAACAUGGUGAGAGUGGGUUGACGGAGGCUUGUCGAAAAUCUCAAAUAACAUUAACGAAAGCAGAAAAUGACAUUUUAAAUUUUGUCAAAUCUCAUGUACCUGAGAAAUUGUGCCCUUUAGGAGGAAAUAGUGUUUAUAUGGACAGACUAUUUUUACAAAAAUAUAUGCCGAAAUUAAACAACUAUUUGCACUAUAGAAUUAUUGAUGUGAGUACCAUAAAGGAGUUAGCUAAGAGGUGGUUCCCGAAGGAGUAUUCAAGGAUACCGACAAAGAAGUUUGAACAUAGAUGUUUGAAUGAUAUCAAAGAAAGUGUUGAGGAACUUAAGUAUUAUAGAAAUAAUAUAUUUAAGGUUAAUGAACCAUUAUAAUUUUAAAAAUUCUAAUUUAGUAGACCAAUUGUUACCAAACAUUGCUUAAGAUAUUUUCCUGCUUUGUGAUAUAAAAUCUCUUCAACAUACACUAUAUAUAUAUAUAUAUGUAUAACUUUCAAACAAAUGGAAAUUAGUAAAUAUUGUAUUUUACUUGUGACUAUUUUUCAAUAGUAGGUAUAUCCAUAUACAUGUGUUUUGAAAAAUAAGCAAAAUAUUAUUAAUUAAUACAAAUGUGCGAGUAAAUUAAGUGGUGUCAUCGGAUUGGAAGAUUCAGAGUAUUCCGUUGCCUGAUUUUAUUUUUCACUAAUUAAACUAUUUUUCAUAUUUAUAAACAAUGAAUUGAUGAAUUCUAAUAAAAGUUUACUGUUGCCUUUUGUGUCAAUUAUGUCAUAUAUACAUAUAUAUAUACCAAAUUUGUCUGUUUGUAUCAUUCCAUUGCUUAUAAUACAUAGCAAGUAGAGGUAUAACUGUAUAUUUGUUAUUUUUUCUUAAAACAUGUAAGGUGCCAUGCCCUAUAUUUAAUGGAAUUUUCCAUUUCUCAGUGUUUUUUUUUAAGGAUAUGUGAAAUAAUUGAAAUAGACAGUAAUUAAGACACAAUUUAUUAAUAUUGCAGAUUGCUCACUACUCAAAAUAUAUUAUGCUUGUGUUAGAGUGCAUCCCAUUCA